AUGGAUGACCUGCCAGUAUCAUUUGCCGUCAUCGGCACGGGUCUAAUAGGACCUCGUCACGCCGCUGCUAUCAUCAGAACACCUACGUCGAGACUCGCGUGCCUCGUGGAUCCGAAUCCAGCAGCAAAGGCAAUUGCGACUGAACUCGGUGUACCACUCUUUCCUUCUAUCGCAGAGAUGUUGACAUCCUCUAUCAAGCCGCAAGCGGCAAUAAUCUGCACGCCAAACCAUACACACGUCUCGAUUUCGAAAAUGUUGCUUGAUGCUGGUAUCUCUGUGCUUUGUGAGAAGCCAAUUGCCACAGAUAUUGCUGGUGCCAUGGACAUCUUGAGCCACGUAAAGCACAGCAAGGCAAAGUUUGCAGUGGGACACCACAGGAGGUUCAACCGCUAUGUCAGAGCGACCAAAGCCGCAUUGCCCUCCCUGGGCCGCAUCAUCGCAGUAUCAGGACUCUGGACCAUUUGCAAACCCGCAGACUACUUCGAGGGAGUAGGAGAGUGGAGAAAAGACGGUUCCAAUGGAGGUCCCAUCUUGAUCAAUCUGGUUCACGAUGUUGAUAUGCUGCAGUACUUACUUGGACCUAUCAUCAGGGUAACCGCAGAGGAGACCAUCAAACAGAGAGACUUUGAUGCUGAGGAAGGUGCAGCUGUGCUCCUGAGGUUUCAGAGUGGUUGCGUAGGAACUUUUGUGGUGUCAGAUGCUGUGCCCUCACCUCAUAACUUCGAAUCUGGCACUGGAGAGAAUCCAAAUAUACCACCUACGGGUAUGGACUUCUAUAGAUUCUUUGGUACGGAGGCUUCGUUGAGUGUGCCUGAUAUGAAGAGGUGGAGUUAUGAUGGUAAGGAGAAAACGUGGUUAGAGGAAUUGAAGGAGGAAGCUUUGAGUGUCGGAGACAGCAAGAUCCCUUUCGAGUUGCAAGUCGAGCAGUUCGUCAAGGUUGUCAAGGGGCUGGAGGAACCAACGUGUUCAGGAGAAGACGCUGUUAGAGCCUUGAUGGUGGUCGAAGCAGUCAAGAAGUCCAUUCAGGAGGGGGUCGGAGUUGACAUUCCUUGUUGCUAG